AUGUCGCUGUCCAGGUCCGGGCUCCUUGUGGUCCUGUACGGGAUCAUGGUGGGCAGUUUGUUCGCUACUUUUCCACCUAUCAGCAGCACAAAACAGAGCAGACUCGGCGACGGCAGCACCUCCUGGAACAAAAGGGAAGAGGCAGCAGGAGACGGACAGUACUUGUUGGGAAUAAGAAGACUCAGAAGGCUUUACUGUAAUGUGGGCAUCGGCUUCCACAUUCAGGUCCUACCGAGUGGGAAGAUCACCGGAGUGCACGAGGAAAACAUGUACAGUCUUAUAGAAAUUUCUCCAGUGGAGAGAGGAGUGGUGACUCUGUCCGGAGUGAGGAGUGGUCUCUUUGUUGCCAUGAGUGAAAAAGGGAAACUCUACGGUUCGGGAAACUACAACGAUGAAUGCAAGUUCAAGGAGAGUCUCCUGGCCAACAACUACAACGCUUACGAGUCUGCCGCCCACCCGGGCAUGUUCAUCGCUCUCAGCAAAACUGGAAAAACCAAAAGAGGCAACCGAGUCUCACCUGCAAUGAGCGUGACGCACUUCCUGCCCCGCAUGUGACCCUCACGACCUCAUCAGCUGUGGGGUCGGAGACAAACUGAUUAGCU